AUGUGUCCAGAUGACGAUCCAACAACAUCCAACACUUCUUUCUCUGCACCUCUGUUGGCUCGUCGUUCUCCACAUGUAGUUGGAAACUUCCCCACACAUACUGCGACUACAAACCAAGUAAUAGAGGAGAGAAGAGGUCCUUCAGCAUCUUCUCUGCAAGACUUCUCUAAAGGCUAUGCCAACAGCAAAUGGUGCUUGAGGGAACUUGCCCAGAUGUUGUAUUGCCGUAGACACUACGGUCAGAUUAUUCUGCCAAUAUUCUUCGAUGUUGAUCCCUCUGAUUUCGCUCCUGGUGUUGUGGAGAGUUGGAAGGAAGCUUUGAGACAGGUAGGGAAUCUGAAGGGAUGGGUUCUCAAAGAAGUCGAAAAUGGGGAUGAAUCAAAGCUGGUUGAGCUUCUUGUUGAAAGGGUUUUAAAAGAAACAUGCAUACACAACAUUUUCUCAAUGAGUGAUGUUAAUUACCGUAUUGGAUUAGAUUCCCAUUUAAAGAAUCUGCUAUAUUUACUAAAUAUUGGUUCCAAAGAUGUUCAAUUUAUUGGAAUAUAUGGCAUAUGUGGCAUUGUGAAGACAACUAUUGCAAAGGCUCUCUACAAUUGCAUCAUUGAAAGCUUUGAUCAGAAUGCUUUCUUGAAGACAUCAGAGAAGAAGCAUUGCGACAUGGAUUAG